AUGAACCUAACCGAUGCUGAGGGCCAACUUAAGGAUAUCUCCUCUCAUGAGAUUGAGCAUGUGAAUGCUAUUGAAGCAGUAUCGUUCACUUCCGAGGAAGAGAAGGCGUUGGUGAGGAAGAUUGACCUCACCCUCCUACCUACCAUUUGGAUCAUGUACCUCCUGUCCUACCUUGAUAGAACCAAUAUCGGAAAUGCAAAGAUCUCUGGUAUGGAGGUAGAUCUCAGCUUGACGUCCAACCAAUACUCGAUUGCCUUGGUAGUCUUCUUCAUUGGAUAUGUAGUGUUCGAGGUACCUAGCAACCUUGCCCUAGGCAGGUCACGACCCUCUAUUUUCCUCCCAUCAAUUAUGAUUCUCUGGGGCGCAUUGACUUGUGUGAUGGCUGUUGUAAAAAGUUUCACCCACCUGGUAGUCCUUAGGGUCAUUCUUGGAUGUGUCGAGGCUGGCUUUGCUCCCGGUGUGCUCCUUGUCCUCUCAUCAUGGUACAAACAAACCGAACAGUCGAAGAGAUUCGGGGUGUUCAUCUCGGCGGCCGUUCUAUCGGGUGCUUUUGGUGGCCUAAUCGCUGCCGGAAUUGUUGAUGGUCUUGAGGGCGUUCAUGGUAUUCGUGGUUGGCGGUGGCUAUUCAUCAUUGAAGGUGCAGCCACUGUCGGGUUCGCUAUUAUUUCUCUCUUCAUCCUUCCUGACUUUCCCGCGACCUCGCGACAUUUCUCUGAGCGCGAGAAGCAGGUCGCCGUGGCACGCCUGUCCACCGAGAAUGUGACCACCACCACCGAGGAUAGCGAGCAUCUGAGUAGCUUGGAUGCUUGCAAAGUGGCUUGCCAAAACUGGCGCACCUGGGCGUUCAUCAUUGGGUACAUGGUCAUCGUUGGUUCAAGCACUCUGACUUACUUCUACCCAACCCUUGUAGAGGGGCUUUUCGGAAACGCAUCCACGAAGAAGGUCAACUUAUUAACUGUUCCUAUUUACGGCGUAGCAUUCAUCGCCACCGGUAUCACAUCCUACUAUAGCGACAAAGUUCCCACAUGGCGCGGCUUAAUCAUUGCUAGCUGGCUAACAGUCUCCCUGAUAUGUUCAAUUGUCGUAUGUUCUAUAUACAACUUCACAGCUCGAUAUAUUCUCCUGGUUUUCAUGGCAGCAGGCCUUUGGGCCACAAAUGGAGGCACGCUAGCCUACGCCUCUUCUGCCUUUGCCGGAAUGCACCCGCAAGCCCGAGGUGUUGCUUUGGCUAUGGUGAAUGCACUGGGUAAUCUGGCACAAAUCUACGGAUCGUAUCUUUUCCCGGAAGAUGAUAGUCCUAAGUAUAUUAUGGGGUUUGCUGUUAUUUCUGCGAUGCUGGCUGUGGGCGUGAUUGUCUUUUUGUUCUUGCAUACCUGGUUCCGGCGCCGUCUACGGGAGGGUAUCAUUCAGUGA